ACUUUUAACUUUUAUAAAAUAUGGGUAAAGCAAAAAAGAAAAGGGUUGGUUUAGCUUUAUCGUCUGAACCAUAUAAAAACCAAAAACAAGAUGAAAAAAUCGAAGUUUCUAAAGAACAGCCACAAGAUACUUUCACCUCAAAAGUGGAAAAUACAACUACAAAAAAAUCAACUACAAAAAAUGAAUCUAAAAAACCUUCGGGAUCUAUACAAAAAAAAAAUAUUCGAAAAAGAAUGCCACAACAUCCCGCAACAAUACCAACAGAUAUUUAUGUUUCUCGUAAAUCAAACUUUAAAGGCCAAUUAUUUAGGGCUAAAAAACUUUUAAUGGAAGACGGACAUCCUUCAAUAACUAUCCAUGGAUUAGGAGCAGCUAUACAAAGAUCGAUAAAUUUAGUAUUAGCUUUAAAUGAUUUAACUCAUAAUCAAAUAAUUUAUAAAACUACUACUAGUACAGUACAAUUAGUUGAUGAUAUUAUACCGGAUGAUGAUGACAAAGACCUUGAAUCUCAGAUUAGACAAAAUUCUGCUGUACAUAUUCAAAUAUCUCUAAAGGAAGAUGCUAAGAAAUACAUAUUUAAUAAAAAUAAUUUAUCAUCUGUUAAAAGAUAAUUUGUUAAA